GUUUGAUAUUCUCGGAAUUCGAUUGUUUCCCGAUACUGUUUUAGACAAAGUGCCUGCACAUAUUUCCACGUCACUGCCCUGUUAAUUAAGUUUAUGCUGGCUCAUUAUUCAGGAGCCAAUAUUGAACACAAUAUCCCCAUAUAUUUGUACACGAAACGUCAAACGUCUGUGCUUCAAGAUUAAGGAGCCACAAUGGCUUUCCAGGCUACGCCAGCAGAUGUUUCUGUCAUUGUCACCGUUGCGGCUGAUGCCUGUUCUGGAGACAACUGUGCUUCAUUCGCGACUGAGCGUCGAAUAACUCCAACAUGGACAGUUUCGCUAUUGAAAGCGAAACUGGAAACUAUGUGCGGAAUUCCACCUGGGAGUCAAAGAUUGCGCUUAAAAGCUCCCGGACGUGAAGUCAGGUGGAUGGAUAACAACUCCCAGCUUGUUGGUGAUUGGGGCCUCGCCAAAGGUUGCGAGAUUGAGAUCCAUGACCUACGGCCACCAGCGGCCAGGCCAAACUAUACGGAUGUCUCAUCAGUGGAAAAGUACACCCUCCCAACGUCUACCUACGAGUCACUUCCAAAUACCGUUCUUUCCUGGAAGAAGGCGCAAAAGCUUGGCCGCUUCGAUCCUAAGGCUUUAACUCCCGAAGAAGUCGCAAGAAACCAAGCGAACAAAGACGAAAGUGACAUCAGAGAACGAGGCAUUGAACUCUCAAGACGUGCAAUCGUACUUCCUUCUAGUCCACCACAUAUCAGGAGGGGCACUAUCCGCUUCGUUGGUCCUGUCCCAACGAUACCCUCUGGAGGCGCACAAGUGUCGUUAAACCCCGGGGACCCGGCGCCUCUGUGGGUUGGUAUCGAAUUCGAUGAGCCCCUGGGUAAAAAUAACGGUAGCGUCGGGGGUAAGAGCUAUUUCACUUGUCCAGAGAAAUGUGGAGUUUUUGUAAAACCUGAGAAAGUUGAAGUGGGGGACUUUCCGCCACUGGGUUUGGAUCUAGAUGCAGACAUGGAGGAGAUCUAACAUCUCAUUUUGAUUCCUCUUUGGUUUCUUCUAGUGUCGUAGAUCUUCUGUGUGAUUGGAUCGUUGUCAAAAUUGGAGAUGCUUUGUCUCUGCCUCUCUUCCCUUCGUACAUGACAAGAUGGAAAACCGAGCGUAAAGACUUGUGAUAGGGUUAUAGACAUGAUUUCAAGCCCUUCUUUGAGAGGUCCGAUACCAGUUGAAUUUUGGAUCCACAAAGUACUCCAGGCAUACGACGCUUGGGUUAAGUUGGAUGUGCAAUGCUGUCCUUCAGGUUAUCCAGUUAACCUCCUUACUUUCAUCCCUCUCUGCUGAAUCCUGUCUUGAAACUAUGCAUAAACUGAUCCAAACUGGAAUAGGAGCGUAUGAGCAAGUAAGGGGUACAGCAUCAGAUGAGGGUAUGGAUUUUCCACAUGGAUAGAGGACCAUGUAGCAUUACUAUAGACAAGAAUAGGAGAUGCCACUUAUUAAUUUGAA